UUGAAGGUAACUCACGCAGAGGAGAGUAGUAAAGUUCGCUGGGAAAGAGUCGCAUAGCAGCUGGGGAGAUAACGCUUGCUAUCAGACACCGAGGAGUUUUGGAAUUGUCGCAGCAGAGGACUAAGCGCCAUUCAUCAUGAACGUGAGGCUCGUGCUGUUCCUGGCCGGGUGCCUGCUGAGCGCGGCUGUGGCGGAGUCGAUAAGAGAAACAGAGUUGAUGGACCCACAUACAAUGAUCGGGGGUCUGCUUGAAGCUUCAGGGUCAGACGAUGAAGAUAUAUACACUGACAACUAUGAUGAUGAAGAUUCUGACUACUCUGAAGGGUCCUCUGGCUCUGGGGAUAUAGAUGAAGAAUCAGAGGAUGACCUUGAAUCAACCAUCGCCACACCCACUGUAACCCUUGGUAACAAAAUUGUAGAAGACGAUGUUCGCAAGGUAAAAGAUCAGAAUGAAGUUGUCCAAAUCAACAAUGAUAUAGAAGUCUUAAAGGAGAAUAUACCUGACGAUCAAUCAAAUCAAAUCUCAAUGGCCAGCACCUCUCAUGGCUUCUUCAGCAGAACAGAAGUUGUCAUUGCUGUUGUUGCUGGUGGAUUGGUCGGCUUGGUGUUCGCCAUCAUCAUAGUCUUGCUGAUAAUGCGUGUUAGGAAGAACAAAAAAGGUGACAUUGCCUACGACACAGUGAAAAAACCCAUCUAUAAGAAGGCCCCAACAAUUGAGGCAUAGGCUUCACAUGGACCCUUUCGACUGUCGAACAGACUUUGAAAUGCAUUGCUGAGCUGAGAGAUCAAACCUUGUAUUACCAAAUGCAUUUCUGUGACCCAAUAUUAAAACUGCUGCAGCUCACACAGUUUAAGUUUUAUUGAAAGAAAAAAAAUAAGCUGUAUUUUUUUGAAUCCUAAAGAAAUGAGAUUUGCCAGAUAUAUUUUUUAUUUUUAUUUUCUGGAGAAAGGCAAUGUUUUAUUUAAUAUAGAAAUUCCAAGUGCUCUUGCCAGCAGAGAUCAUUUUUUUGAAAUAAAGGUGGAUGCUUUAAGGAGUUAAAUACACUACAUUUAAAGAGUGGACAAUGAACGUUUUGUGGUAAUUUUUUGUAAACGCUAAUAUGCAUAUGUUCUGUAAUUUAAUGAUCAACAUGUCUUCCAGGUUAGACUUUUUUUUUUUUUUUUUUCAUAUAUGUAUUUGUGUAAAGAUUUAGGCUACUUGAGUACAGACCUCUUAUCAGGUGUUGAGGCGAAAGUGUGACCUUAUAUUAAACAGUUUGGUCCAAGAACUAGUUAACUAUCUGGCAACCGCCAUUAAAUAUUGGGGCGGUGAUGGCGCUGGUAUGCCAACGAGUUCUUUGCCUGGACAAAUUCUAACUAUACCUCAUCCAAUCUCUAAAAGAACGAUGAUAAACUGCCAUUAGAGGUACAGCAGCUGUAUCCAUAAAGGGUGCAAAGUCUGCUUUUCUAGAGUGAAUGCCCUUUGUGUGUGUGUUUUCAGUGUGUGGGUAUGUAUGUGAAUAAGCUGAUGUCAUUGGCCUUAAAUGGAGAGACAUUAAAUUGUAGUCAUAGAAAUCUUUGAAAUGUUUCAAGAAUUUCUUUUUUUUUUUUAAGAGAAUAAUACAAUUUAAAGAUUCUGAUCUGCAUUCAAAAUGUAUUUUAUAGUAAAUGUUAGGUUUGAAUAGCAUUUGUAAUAUUGAUUGUAGAAUUGUUUCUUUAAUAAAUGCUUUUUUUUAUUUAAAUUCCCUUUGUUUCAUGUUACCAUCUGUGUACAUAUGUAUUAUAUAUUUGUAUUUACCAAGGGCUUUCUAAAGUGAACCUGGCACCAAUAAUAUUGGACAAAAUAAUGCAUUUUUAUUUUUUGUAGGUCAAUGUGAGUUUCAUGCCCACAUCAAAGCACUACAUGUGGUUCCUUGAUAUUGGCAACAGGUUCACUUUAAACUAAUCUGUAGGGCAGUCACUAAAUUCUGCUUCCAUUGGGUUCUGUAAUGUAUAAUAAUGGGUUUACUGUGGACUGACUGCUCUGUAUUUCUUUCACAUUGGACCAUACAAUACUACUUGUUUGUUUUUUGUACCUGUACAAUAUUUCAAUGUAGCAACUAUUAAAAUAUAUUUAUAUUUCACAACC